AUGAAAGACUCUGAAGAAGCUGAACUUUGCUUUCCACAGCAACUCAAUGCAUCAUGCAGCAAGACCAUGCUUCCUCCCUCAGUAUCGUUGUUGAUUUACAUUACUCUGUCAUUCAUCUCUUUACUCACUGUGACACUCAACCUUCUGGUCAUCAUCUCUAUCUCCCACUUUAAGAGGCUCCACAGCCCCACCAACAUCCUGCUGCUCUCUCUGGCUGUCUCAGACUGCCUGGUGGGAUUCCUCAUUUCAUUCCAAAUAGUGCUGAUAGAUGGCUGCUGGUAUCUUGGGGACAUCAUGUGUGCCCUCUAUGUUGUUUUGGACUAUGCCAUCACUGCUGCCUCAAUAGGAACCAUGGUGCUCAUUUCAGUUGAUCGUUACGUGGCCAUCUGUUAUCCCCUGCAUUACUCCAGCAAAGUCACUACAGAACGAGUGAAGAUGUGUGUUUCACUGUGUUGGAUGAUUGCUUUUCUUUGUCACAGCCUGCUCCUGAAAGACAGCUUGCAAAAACCAGGCAGGUAUAAUUCCUGCUUUGGAGAGUGUGUAGUUGUCCUAGAUUAUGUUGGAGGAAUAGUUGAUCUUUUGAUAUCUUUUAUUGGUCCAGUUGCUGCCAUCCUCAUUCUGUAUGUGAGAGUGUUUGUAGUGGUUGUGUCUCAGGCUCGAGCCAUGCAGUCUCACGUUGCAGCGGUCUCACUCCAGGGCUCAGUGAAAAUCACAGCUAAGAAAUCUGAAAUCAAGGCAGCUGUUAUCCUUGGUGUUGUCGUAGUUGUGUUUCUAAUAUGCACCUGCCCAUAUUUCUGUGUUAUUCUUAUGGCAGAAGAUGCUGCAGUCAGUGCUUCAUCUGUGACUUUUCUUCUGUUUUAUUUUAAUUCCACCCUGAACCCUCUGAUCUAUGCCCUGUUUUACCCCUGGUUUAGGAAAUCAGUUAAACUCAUUCUUACACUGCAGAUAUUGAAGUCUGACUCAUCUGACACUAUUGUGAUGUGAAGAAAUUAGCCUCUGAUCUAAAUAUGUAUUUUAUUGGAGGAAAAGAGAACAAUUAAAAUGUCUAAGGUAUUGCUGUUGUCAUGUUUGAAGCUGGCACAACCUAAGCUUCUCUUUGGUCACUCAUUACUGGGAGAGGCAACAUUUUGCACUUUGGCCCAACAUUAGGUAGAAGAUAUUCAUAUUGACUCAUUAUGUGUACAUUGUAUAUCUGGUAAUAAGCUUAGAUCGAAGAACAAUGUUUAAAUUGAAGAGCAGAGUGACUAAAUCUCAGGUCAUUUUAGUGCAACCUGAUGUUAUUAGAUGGGUAUUUGAACAGUUAAUAA